CGAUAAAAUUAAAUCCUUAAAAAGUCGAACAUAUCAUGUUCUGAUCUCUACAAUAUAAGUUGUUACAUGUUCUGUGUUCUCUUGCAUUGAAGGACAUUAUACAAAUAUCACAUCCAAUGGAGACCGACAGAGUUCCUAAAAAACCCUCAAAAUGGUUCUCUAACAAAACUCUUAGGGUAAGCCUUCAUCGUCGGGGAUCGAAGUCUGGCUCAGGUUCAUUAAGCUCUCCUAGAUCUCCGACAUCAGCAGAAGCCCCAAAGUGCAUCACAAGAGAAGAGGAGCUGAGAGAAGUUUUUCGUUAUUUCGAUGGGGAUGGCGAUGGAAAAAUCUCUGCCCCAGAGCUCAGAGCAUACUUUGGGUCGAUUGGAGAGCACAUGCCGCAUGAAGAGGCUCAGGCGGUAAUCGAAGAUCUUGACUCGGACGGGGACAAUCUUUUGGACUUCCAAGACUUUCUGAGGCUGAUGAAGAGGGAUGGUACUACUGGGGGUGAUGAGGACUUGAGGAAGGCAUUUGAGAUGUUCGAAAUGGAGAAAGGGUCAGGGAGCAUAACCCCCAGAAGCUUGCAGAGGAUGUUGCAGCGCCUUGGAGACGCAAAGUCACAGGAUGAGUGCGAAGCCAUGAUUCGAGUCUAUGACACAGAUGGCAAUGGAGAGCUUGAUUUUAACGAGUUCCACCAAAUGAUGAUGGCUUAACUAAUUACUGAAAUAUUAAAACUCCAGUAGUACUACUGCAUAAUGUUGCUUGAUCAUGGUUUCAAAAUUAAAAGUGAUGCAUGAUGAGCACAUGAUUAAUCCAUGCUGGCCUCCUCUUGUAGAGUUUGAGCUCAAGUACUUGGGAACAAAUGUAUCAGUACUGGCUUGUGGCAACCAUAAUUUGUAAGCUUGGGAGUAGUACAUGCAUGAAUAAAGCACGCUUUUGGAUUGGGUUUGAUGCUUGCAAUUUGUCA